GUUUCAACCCGGGGAAUUCAAAUGAGCUCUCACACAGACAAACACUUACAUCUGUCAUCUCACCCUGGAUGUGACAAACGAUGGGCAGCUACAGCGACUGCACCAGCGACCUGGACGAGGAGCUGCCCGUGUUUGACUUCCUCAGCCAAGUCCCCCAGAGCUCCACAAAGAAAGCGGACCAUGCUGACCUGGAUGGCUGCGAUGAAGAAGAGGUGGCCUGCGUGUUUACCUCAGUGAAGGGUAAAAGUACAGCUCAUGUUAUGAUGAUCAGCAGCGAUUCUGAUGACGACGCACCUUAUGUUCCUCUGGCUCUGAGACUCAAACACAAACAGGACAAUGUGAUUACCGCCUCCUCUUCUGCUGUCACUAAUGGGACAGAUGCUGAGCUGUGUUUAACAUCCAAUCUGUCCAGCUCCCGUCAGCCGAGAACAGUGAGCAACAGGGUCUCAGAGGAAGCAGCAAGUCUUCCUCCCAAGUCUCUCUCCAUCACAGAAACCUCCCCUGCCAAGAGGAAACCUGCCAAGCGGACGGCAGAGGAGAUCCAGUCCUCGAGGGAGGAGGCCCUGAGGAGGAAGCGGGCCAGGGAGGACCAGCAGAAAGACAAGGGGGUGCUUAGGCAGGAACAAGAGAGGCAGAAAGCAGAGAGGAAAGCUCUGGCUGAGGCUGCCAAAGCUCUGAGGCCGGAGGAGUGUAUCAAACACAUGGUGGUGGCUGUGGAUCCAGCUCUCCUGCAGCUGGAAGGAGGCGGGACUCUGCUGGCUUCAGUGCAGGCUCUAGGUUGUAGCUGUGCCAUUGAGAAACAGCCUAUCCCACGCAGUGUCAGCUGGAUGAGGAGGACGCCCUGUGCUCAGACGGAGGAAGCAGUGUGUGAACCUGAGGCUCAUGUUGUGAUGCAGAUGACCGUCGAUGACCUCAUCACGCUCAUCAACAACUACAUCCAGGAGGAGAGGCUGGGCAGGUCUGACUCGGGUCCCUCUCUGACCUCCUGGGUUCAGGAGCGGCAGAGGCGUCAUCCGGGGAAGACCCUCAGCUUGGUGGUCAUCGACCUGGAGAAGUAUUUCAGAUCCAACAAGUCACAGAGUCAGAAGAGGUUUCGAGAGGCGGUGACAGGUGAGGAGCAAGGCGGAGGGAAAGCUAAGAAGAGGAGGAAGAACGGUGGGGCUGAGGUUCUUCCUCAGGUGUCACGAGUGGAAGUAGAGGAGGCUGUGGUGCACCUCCAGCUCCAUACAGGCGUCGCAGUCUGCUUCUUGUCAACCUGGAAAGACUUCUCUGAUCACAUCACGAUGACAACCAAAGCCGUCGCUGAAGCACCUUUCAAGCGAGAGAGGGAACAGACGGGCUUCUCUUUCUACCUGGAGAGCGAGUGGGCGGGGGGACAGAAAGUGGAUAAAGCGGGGAAGGGGCUGCUGCAGGUGUGGAAGAGACAGAUCCAGCAGCUGAACAGAGUCAGUACAGAUAUGGCCUCAGCCAUCCUGGCAGCAUAUCCGUCCCCACGGCUGCUCCAGAAGGCGUACAACCUCUGUAAGAGCGACCGAGAGAAGAUUUCCCUGCUGUCCGACCUCCUGAUCCGCAGAGGAGAAGGCGUCACCUCCACAACUCGACGGGUUGGUCCAGAACUUUCCAAACGCCUCUUCCUCCUGAUGAACUGCCGUGAUCCCGAGCAGACUCUGGACUCCACAGUCUAAAAGCGGUUUGUUCCUGACCCUGUCUUAAAGCUCUUGGGGCUGUGGCUGUUUCUGGUCACUGACUUUGACACCGUGUAUGUAAAACUCCUUUUUAUAUUGUGUAAAUAUUAAUUUUUAUAAAAAGAAUAAAAAGUUUUUCAUUCAUGCA